CGUGAGGCGCGCGCGCGCCCCCGGCCCGAGGAACGGCGGGCAGGCCCGGGGGCGCGGCCUGGCGGGGGCGCGCUCCGUAACUGACUGCGCGCCCGGGAGACGGGCGAGCCGCCGCUCGUCGUCGUGCGGUCGCGGCCCUGGCCACCGAGGUGCCGCUCGCCUCCAGGCCGCAUGGCCCGCGGCUGCUGCCCGCCGCUCCCCGCCCGCCACCGGGCCCUGCCUCCCGCGGCUUCCGGAGCGCCGUGCAUCUGGGUCUCGCCGCCGCCUCCUUGAGCGGCUCGGGGCCGGCCGGCCAGACUACAUCAAUGAAUUGGUGGCCUAGCAACCUCCAAAGUUGCCAGGGUAGAGAGGAUCUGGCAAUGGAGGCCUUGUUGGAAGGAAUACAAAAUCGGGGGCAUAGUGGGGGAUUUUUGACAUCUUGUGAAGCAGAGCUGCAAGAGCUCAUGAAACAGAUCGAUAUAAUGGUGGCUCAUAAGAAAUCUGAGUGGGAGGGGCAGACGCACGCUUUGGAGACUUGUUUGGACAUCCGAGAUCGGGAGCUGAAGGCUCUGAGGAAUCAGCUGGACAUGAAGCAUAAAGAGGUGGGAAUAUUGCAUCAACAGAUAGAAGAACAUGAAAAAACCAAGCAAGAAAUGGCCAUGGAGUAUAAGCAGGAGCUAAAGAAGCUGCAGGAAGAAUUAGGCAGACUGAAGAAAAGCUAUGAGAAACUACAGAAAAAGCAAAUAAGAGAAUUUAGAGGAAAUACGAAGAGUCUGCGGGAGGAUCGAUCAGAGAUUGAGAGGCUCACUGGAAAAAUAGAGGAAUUCCGCCAGAAGUCUCUGGACUGGGAGAAGCAGCGGUUGAUUUAUCAGCAACAAGUAUCUUCUCUGGAAGCACAGAGGAAGGCUCUGGCUGAACAGUCAGAAAUAAUCCAGGCCCAGCUUGCCAACCGGAAACAGAAAUUGGAGUCUGUAGAACUGUCCAGCCAGUCAGAAAUCCAGCACCUGAGCAGCAAGCUCGAGCGGGCCAAGGACACCAUCUGUGCCAAUGAACUGGAAAUAGAGCGCCUUAAUAUGAGGGUCAACGACCUGGUGGGAACCAACAUGACUAUCCUGAAGGAGCAGCGGCAAAAAGAGGAGAAACUGAGGGAAUCUGAAAAGUUAUUAGAGGCUCUGCAGGAAGAACAGAAAGAGUUGAAGGCAAGUCUUCAAUCUCAAAGCUUCAUCCUUGAGGCAAGAAUGCAGGAGAAACUGCAAACAAAAUUAAUGGCAGUUGACACUCAGCUCACAGUAGACAACACAAGGCCUCUGGAGAACUGUCAAGUAGAAAGGAGGUACAUCUCUCAAGGGCAGGGGGUUGUGGAUGAUGUGCUCUCCCACUUGAACUACAGCCAUACCAGUGAAGAACUCCUGCAGGCAGAAGUGACUCAUCUUGAAGGCAGUUUGGAAUCUGUGAGUACAACAUGCAAACAGCUGAGCCAGGAACUGAUGGAGAAAUACGAAGAACUGAAGAAGAUGGAAGGGCAUAACAAUGAGUACAGGACAGAGAUAAAGAAGUUGAAAGAACAGAUUUUGCAGGCUGAUCAGACCUAUAGCUCUGCACUAGAGGGAAUGAAGAUGGAAAUCUCCCAGCUAACUCGGGAGUUACACCAGCGAGAUAUUACUAUUGCUUCUGCCAAGUGUUCUUCCUCAGACAUGGAAAAGCAGCUCAAGGCAGAGAUGCAAAAGGCAGAAGAAAAGGCUGUAGAGCAUAAGGAGAUUCUGAAUCAGCUAGAAUCUCUCAAGUUAGAAAAUCGCCGUCUUUCUGAAACAGUGAUGAAGCUGGAACUGGGCCUGCAUGAGGUCAAAUGUCUGAAGAGUGAAUUCUCUUUUUCUGAACUUCCAGGGAGCAUUCUGCCUCCAAAAAGAUGCAUAGUCACACAAGUAUUUCCUCUCAAGUAGUUGCAAUUUCAGUCAUGGAGGCUGAGAUCGAAGAAAGUACAAAAGGCUAGAAGAACACUUUAUUUCAACUAGAAAAUGGGGGCUAUUUUUAUAAUCUUUCAGAUGGGUAAGAUUCUCUAAGCAUCGUGAAGCCAUAAAGGAUUUUACAAUGUAAAAAUGUAAAAUUUCUGGAUGGCAGAAGACUCCAUUAAAAAGAUUGAUGGUAGAAGCCAGGUAUGGCGGCUCAGGCUUAUAAUCCCAGCUAUUUGGGAGGCUGAGGUAGGAGGACCAAGAGUUCAAGGCCAAACUGGGCGAAGACCCUGGCUCAGAAUAAAAGUACAAAAGGCCUGGGACUAUAGUAUAGCUUAGAGGGAGAGUGCUUGCCUAGCAUGAGGCCUGGAUUGAUAUCUCUAGCGCUGCAAAAGAAGUAAAAACCAAGUGAAUAGACAAGGAGAAGUAAUCUAUAAGCAGACACAGGGCUAACAUAAAGUAUCAGCACAUAAGAAUGUCCUACAAAGAUAAUAGAAAAGAUCCAGUAGGAAAAGAGCAAAGAACUAAGUAGAUGUUUCAUAGAAAUUUAAAUUCAAGUGAGCGACGGAAGCUGUUCAACUUCCCUAAUAACUAAAACUUCUAAAAAUAAAAAUUUUCUUGCUAAUAGGCUUGAUAAUGAUUUUAAAAGCUAGUAUAUGGCCUCUGUUGGCAGUAUUUAGAGAAUGGGCCCUCCCCUGCACAUCGAUAUUGCCUUUGGGACAAUUGAGCCAUAGACAUUAAGCUUGUAAAUACAUAUGGCCCCAAGUAUACCUGAGUAAUUUACAUUUGUGAUAUUAAUAGUCAUGUUCUUCAGUGUCCUCAGCAGUUUGCAUCCCCAAGGAACCCAUCUUGUAAGAGUAAAAGUUCAGAAAUGGGCACAGCAGGUAUUGCGAAAUAAACUGGCAACUGAAAUGGUUGAUUUGUGAUUACUUAAAUAUGCUGUCAUUUAAGACAGCAGAUGGAAAUACUCAUUCGGUUUUGCUGCCACUCCACAUCUCUGAUACUAUAGUGAAAGAAUUUUUUUAAAGCACAAACCCAUAUGGAUAAGAAAAAAAGAGAGGAGACAGUAGCCAAACAUGUACAAUUAUUUAUUUUUAUUUGUGUGUGUGUGUGUAUGGUCAGAGCUUGUCUGGAUGUGUGUGGGCACAUGUGUGUAUGUUUGUGUGUGUGCACGUGUCCACUAGAGCCUGAUACUUGCUGUCUUUCUCUGUCAUUCUCCACUUCAUGUAUUGAGGCAGGCUCUCUCACUUGAACCCUGAGCUUGCCAGUUAGGCUGGUCUGGCUAGCCAGCUUGCUCCAGAGGUUCUUUCUCCUCUUUCCAAGUCCUCCGAUUAUAGGCAUUCCAUCAUGUCCACUCAGCCAGCAUUUACAUCAGUGUUAUAGAUUGGAGCUUGGGUCCUCUUGCAUGGCAAGUACUUUACUGACUGAACCAUCAUCUCAAUCCCAUUUUAUAAUAGCUCAAUAUUUUAUAAAGGAGGUGCAAGAUGGAUGGAGGCAGGGGUCAGAGCUACUUGGCUAACCAGCUGCCUGGCUCAGUGAUGGGAUGGAUGGACAAUAACUGGAUGGAAUAGUGGGUGAGAGAGUAAAUGGAUGAGAAGAUAGGUAGGUGAGUGAGAGUGUAGGCAAGAGAUGACUUUUCAUGCCCUGAUAAAGCUGACACUGAAUGAGGAGUAAUUCAUGAACUAAUCUGAUUUACACUACAGAGUCCUUUAGAGAUGUGCCAUUUAGCCGAAUUAGAAUUAGAGACCCUUAUGUGGUGCAGUGGGUCCCUGUUCACACUUAAGUACUGAGAGCUUCCAAGAAUGUUGAAGACAGACCCUGCCUAGAGUUCUCCUGAACCCUGAUGGGAACACUAACCCUUCUUUACUCGCUAAGUCUAUGCCUGCUACAGUUGUCAUGCUAUCUUUCCCAUUCAUGUACUUCGAGCAAUUGUUAAUAAAGUACUAACUCUUGGAGUUUUUAGAAAGAUGCAUGGAAAGACAAGUAUUAUCUUUUUUUAGGUAUGUGCAGUAAUUUUCAAUCUUCCUAAUGCUUCAGCCAUUCAAUACAGUUCCUCAUGUUAUGGUGACCCCCAAAUAUAAAAUUAUUUUUGUUGCUACUUCGUAACUAUAAUUUUGCCAUUGUUAUGAAUCAUAAAUGUAAAUAGAGAUAGAGGUUUGGUGACAGAAGUUUGCCCAAGGGGUCAUGACCCAUAGGUUAAAAAUGACUGGUUUAAUGAUUUCAGGCAUCAAACUGGUAAAAAUCCUGUCAGUUUUAGCUUUCUCUAGUUUCAGAGUUUCAUACAGCAUGAAUAUAUGUACAGAUUAUCAAAACAUAAUAUUAGGAAUUGCUUUUCUCAAGUUACCACCUAUGAAGGAUUAAUUUUCCAAACUAGUCUAAUUAUACUGAAGGCAGCAGCUCUGAUUACUAUUGGCCACUUUAAAGAUGUAGUAGUUCACAGUGUACACUGUGUGCUACAGAUACAAGAUGGGUCGUUGACAGUGUAGCCGUGUGUCCUGAGAAUAUGAUUCUCUGAGAUACUGUGAGAUGUGGGCGGCUCCUGAAAGAUCUGUGAUCCCCAGUUUACAGAUCUGUUUGCACCUUUGUUACUUGACAGUAAGUUAUGUUCUUCACAACUCUACUGACCAGCUUACAUUCACAGUCUUUUUUAUUUUUUUAACAGAGAAUGAAAUAAAGUCAAACUGUGAAGAUCACUAUAACUUUUUACAAUUUCUUUUUAUUUUAUGUGCAUUUGUGUUUUGUCUGUAUGUAUGUCUGUGUGAGGGUGUCAGAUCCUGGAGUUAUGAAUAGUUGUGAGCUGCCAUGUGGAUGCUGGGAAUUGAACCCAGGUCCUCCAGAAGAGCAACCAGUGCUCUUAACCGCUGAGCCAUCUCUCCUACCAUAAUUUUGUAGAAUGCUAAUUAAAACAUAUCAGUAGGGAAAAAAAAAAGUAGACCUGUUUUUCAGGAAAUAAGAUGUAUGAUUACAGUCCAUGGUAGGAAUUCCUGCCAUAAAUAUGAGUCCUGUUUUUAUUUUGCUAACUUUUUAUAAAAGUGGGUGCAAAGAGCACCUAAGAUGAGAGAUUAUUUAUUUAUGUAAAAGCUGCCCCUUUGAGCCAGAGUUGUUUUUAGAACCUGGUGUUUAAAUUACUUUCUUUGAAUUAGUUCUCUUUAUUUUCUUCUACAGGUACUCUGUGUGGGGUGGGAGUAGGGUGGGGAAAGGCCCCUCAUUCUUUAAGAAGAGACAUGGCUGUUGUAUUCUUGGUCUCUGUUUUUUUUUUGUUUUUUUUUUUCUUUUGGUGUCUGGUUCUUAAAGCAUUCCUGUGUUCUGAUUCUAUCCCUUGGAUGUCCAAAUAGAGGAGGAAGCCCUCCUGCCUCUGACUUUCUCCCUUUCUUCACUCUAGGCAGACUGAUGCUUUUUCUGUGUUCAUCUUAAGAGGGCUUAAGACAAAUCUUUACUUUCUCUAAGUAAAGCCGCCAUAGACUACUUUAAACUAAAACAGAAAAUAUUUCAGUCACACCAUUGUAGAUUGAUCAUAAUCACCCCCAAACACACAAGUGAUUCUAGUAUUCUUUUUUUU